GAAUUCUUAUCUCGUCUUAUCAAUUUCAUCUUUUCAUCCAUCAUAUCACAUUACAUUCCAUUCCACUCCGCAGUAUAUUACCGACGCAGGUAGGCACUAGGUAGUAUUACAUGAGAUGGCCCCCCUGAAAUGAUUGGUCUAAUGUCUAAUGUCUAAUGUCUAAUGUCUAAUGUCACGUGUGUAUUCAAACAUGGGAUUGGGAUUGGGAUUGUGAAUUUACUCCGCUUCUACGGGUGUCACUUCAUUGACUUUACGAACCCCAUAUCAAAUCAUUAAGCCUCCCAGAUCGAAUUAUCUUGUCUGCUGCAUCAAUGGCCGCAACUACUACUGCGCCAAACACGCCGUUGUUGAUCUAUGGUUCCGUCAUUCAGUCAGCUAGUGUGGACGUUCUUGAAUAUGUCGAGCAAGGCCUUUUAGUUAUCCAAUCGGGAAGGAUUCUUCACUAUCAGAAGAAUGUCAAGAAGGAUGAGAUCCCUAGCAUACUUGGAAGUCUUGACCUCCAAGCCCUUCUCCCCAGCGUUCGUUAUCUCAAAAGAGGUCAAUUUGUUAUUCCUGGCUUCGUUGAUACUCAUAACCACGCACCUCAAUGGGCUCAGCGUGGACUAGGGCGCGGGCUAGAGAUUCUGGAUUGGUUAGACCAAGUAACCUUUCCAAAUGAGGCGAAAUUCGAGGACCCAGAACAUGCUCAACGUGUUUACAGUUCGUGCGUUGAUGGAUUCAUCAAGCAAGGCAUCACCACCGUAUCAUUCUAUGGGUCUUUGCAUGGUGAAGCGACAAAGAUAUUAGCAAACAUUUGUUUCGAAAAAGGACAGCGAGCUUUCGUGGGGAAAUGUAACAUGAACCGCAACUCCCCUCCUUAUUACACAGAUGCAUCCGCACAAUCCUCUCUUGAAGUUACGAAGGACUUCAUUUCCUAUGUUCGACACAUCGAUCCCAAUUUUGAUUUGGUCAGCCCUGUUCUUACUCCUCGAUUUGCAAUUUCUUGCACCGAUGAACUUCUUGCGGGCAUUGGUCAAAUAGCGAAAGCCGAUCCUACAUUACCCAUCCAAACUCACUUUUGCGAGGCAGAGUCCGAAAAGUCUACCACGUUAUCUCUGUUUCCAUCGUUUACUAACGAAGCGGAUCUAUAUGAAAGUUUCAAUCUCCUUUCUAAGCGCUCCAUUCUCGCACACUGUACCAUAAUGACAGACUACGAGAUAGAGCGUAUUGCUGCACUUGAUUGUGGGGUAGCACAUUGUCCAAUCUCCAAUACCACAGUUGGUGGUGGAUUCAUGGCAGCACCAAUUCGCGAAUACCUUCGUCGUGGUAUCAAGGUUGGUCUAGGAACUGACAGUGGUGGUGGAUUCUCUUCAUCGAUCUUGGAUGCGAUGCGACAAGCUUUCAUAGUAUCCAAUGCGAAAGAUUUCCUCACCAAAGGUGCUGAUCCACGAUUGUCACUGGCUGAAUGUUUCUAUCUUGCUACGCUUGGUGGUGCUCGAGUUUGUUGCCUGGAUCAUGAGAUUGGCGACUUUUCCAAUGGAAAGCAAUUUGAUGCUUUGAUUAUUGACACAGAAAAAGAUGGAGCAAUGACUAUGCUUGAUGAUAACGAUAUACUUCCAGUUCUUUUUGAGAAAUUUUUGAUGAGUGGAGAUGAUCGAAAUAUUGUCGAGGUUUAUGUUAAAGGAAGACAGAUUAAAUUCUGAUCAAAUUUCCAUGCCAUUCUUGGGGACAAAAGGUUUAUUCUUUGAGGGUCAUUUAUAGUAUACUCAGAUAUACUCAGAAUAAUGCGAUACAUACCUACGCA